AUGACCCGCCAUUUUGGCACUACUUUAAGUCAAUUAGGUUUAAUAAUAAUAAUUUUGUCUAUGGGUUUUAUAAAAUUAGCUUUUUUUCAUUUAUUAACUCAUGCAAUAUUUAAAGCUUUACUUUUUAUAUGUGCUGGGUCUAUUAUUCAUAAUAUAAUAAAUAGUCAAGAUAUUCGAAUAAUAGGGGGUUUACUAUUGAAUAUACCUUUAACUUCUUCUUUAUUUAAUAUUUCUAAUUUAGCUUAAUGUGGAAUACCUUUUAUAGCUGGAUUUUAUUCAAAAGAUUUAAUUUUAGAAAUAGCUUCUUUUUCUUAUAUAAAUAUAUUUAUUUAUUUUUUUUUUUUUUUUUCUACUGGUUUAACAGUUAGAUAUUUUUUUCGUUUAGUAUAUUAUUCUAUAGUUGGGGAAUUUAAUAGUAUAUCUUUACAUCCUUUAAAUGAUGAAAGGUGAUUAAUGUUAAAAAGUAUAAUAUUGCCGUAA